GACUAGGCGGUGAGAGCGGCGGGCAAUGAGUGGCUGGCGGGGUGUGUGUCGGCGUUUGUGAUUGGCUAUCAGCAGUCCCCGCGCUUUGCCUUCUAGCAGACGUCAUCAUCACGGCCGAGGAAAGUACAGAGAAGUGGACGAUUGACAGGAAGGGGUGCCAAAGAAGAUCCACCCCUCCCUCUCUCUCUCUCCAUGUGUUUGUCUCACAAACUGCAAGAACACCACAACCAUCACCAUUACCAUCAACACUAUCAUCCCCAUAGUCACCAGGAGCAACCUACGCAUUACCAGAUAUCUCCCAAUCAGCAUAUCACACAAUGAAAGAGGAAAUUUCAGCUGCUGUUCUCUUUCUCUCAAAAUUGGUGAGCGGAAAUGCUAAUUUGUCGGAAGAGAUGGUGGCCAAGUUUGAGCGACGGCUGGGGGAGUUACUUCAGGAGCGCUUCAGUAACCAUUGGCAUCCAGAGAGACCAUGGCAGGGACAAGGCUAUCGAUGCCUCAGAGUGAAUGAGGUGACAAGAAAAGAACCAACCAUCGAACAAGCAGCACAAGACUGUGGAUUAAAGUACAAGGACCUGAACCUGCCUGUGGAGCUAACCAUAUGGGUAGACCCUGAGGAAGUGUGUUGUAGAUUUGGGGAACAGAAAGGCUCGUGCUGCACUGUUGCCACUUUUAGGGAUGGGAAUAAGGAGAACUACAUUGAGAGCUUUGACUUUUCCCAGAUUAAGAGGCCAAACUCAACCCCUUCUGUUUUGUCCAAGGAUUCAGAAAUAUUGAAGGAACGAAAGAUAAAUGUCAACAACGUUCCCUCACACCCCAACAGUAGCAGUCCUCCCUCUAGUACUCAAUCUACACCUACCAAGAAGCCUUUCCUUCCAACUUAUGGUGUCUAUAAUGGCAGGAACCAGAAUUCCCCUACUCGAGGUAAUACAGCAGGCAAUGUACAUGACAGGAGAACCUUUGGAACCUACCGCAACCACUAUAGCUCAGGUCCUCUCAAUCAUCAGAAUAUUCCUCACCAGAAUGGCUCCUUCUCUCCUCCUUUCUACAAGACACAGUCGUGGGUCAACUUGAGUCAAACUCCCCCACCGCCACCACCCCCUUCACAGGCACACCUUCCUUUGUUAAGUUCUGCAGGAUUUAUUUACACCCCAACCGCUCCCCCACAUUACUCUCACUCACAGAUGCCUCCCCAGUUUACUCGUUCCCCUGCUACCUUGGCUCCUCAAAAGUUUAAGUGGAAUACGAGUACUUAUCCACGUAGCGACCGUCACCAGUGGUUUGGCCAUCGAGCCUUGGCAAGGGUGUAGGUUGCCCACUCGAUGGCAGGAGGGACCAUGGGCACACACCAGCAACAGGCAAGUUGAGUAGGGUGUCAUGAUAAUUAUGAUAAUUUGGUAAACAUAUCCCUAAUGUGAUAGUUGUAGCAUUAUGUACUCUAUUAUCUGAUUUUUAAUAUUCUCCUCCUCCACAUUUAGUGUAGUUUGAUCUCAAUAGAAUUAAUCUUUUAUUUUUAUUUUUGUCAAUGUUAUAAAACAUGGCACCUUGGUAUCAUGUCACUAUUAUACUUUGAAUGCCUGAUGGUGGUGUAUGUGUGUGUGUGUGCGUGUGCGUGUGCGUGCUAUGGCUCCUCCUGCCUAGCAGUUGCUCCAUGGGGCCAUGAGGGGAAAAGAAGGCACCUUGAGUAAGUUCAAGAUAAAAACCUCAACUUUUAAAGAUAAAGUUAUUAUUAUGAUUGUUAUUUAUUUUUAGUGAAGCCUACUUGGAUUACAGUUAGUUUCCAUCUGAUAAGGUACAAAGAUUAAUAUCACUUAGGCUGUAAGUGAGUUAUGCUCCUCACAAGAGAUUCUCUAAACCAGAGGCUAUGAUGGAGGGUGGUAUCUUCAACCACAACCCUCAAAUUAACACAGUAAACUGCAACAGAAGGUUAAGUUUUGAAACUGCUCGGGUGUGUCCACUCAUCUGUGAUUCCAUUGUCAGCCGACCCUUCUCUAGAGUGCAAAGGAUUGUGAAUUAGGCAAAAGAUUUGAUUAGUUAUUUCUCCUAGCUUUUCUUUUUUUGUAAAUGAGAUUUUUUAAGUUUUUAGGAAAUUUUACAUUUUGAAAAAAAAAAAAAAUUGAAAAGUAUAUAAGCACUUAUACCUCAAUGAGAAUGGACCAGUAUUUAUGGUAAUUAUAUCAGUUCUAGCGCUUGAGCGUAGUGUUAUGGUGAGAAGCCUUGCUAGAUAACAUAGAUAUUCUCAGGAGUUUUGUGCACAAAUUUUGUAGCCGUGUCACCCAAUGGGUGUUAAGGUGGCACUGGCUCUUUGGUAUUAUGUAUUUUUUGUCCAUAUAGAAAUAGACCUUUAUAAAGUUACACACACACACACACACACACACACACACACACACACACACACACACACACACACACACACACACACACACACACACACACACACACACACACA